GUGUGUGUGUGUGUGUGUGUGUGUGUGUGUGUGUGUUUGGCAAGAGUAGGAUGACAGUGGUUGGACUGCAGUCAACAUUAGAAAUGUAAGAGGAAAAUCAAGAGGAUACUGGGAGAGUCACCACUCUGGACAGCAGAUCACGACGUGUCAGCCCAACAGGCAGGUGCCUCAGGUGUCCAGAUGAGGGAGUGGACUGAAGCAGAGAUGGCCAUGUCAGGCGGCAGCUACCUGUCCUCUGACGGCUACAGCAUCUCCGAGCCACUGCAGUACUAUGAUGUUCUUGUGGAUCCGCUGGGUUACCCUUUCCAGGAGUCCGAGCUUCCGGCCUUCCCGUUCAGCCAGCAGCAGUACAACCCCGUCAACGUUCAGUUCUCCGUCUACGGACCUCCGAACACGCAGCCCUGCAGCGCCCCCUACCCCUGCGGCUCCCCGGGCCCCGACUUCAACUGUGACCCUGACCUGGAAGUAGUUCCGGCCCAGGGACGGGCCAUGUUGAGCGGGCACCCCCUGAUGAAGAGGCCCAGGUUGGGCCCGGGGGCUCGGGUGAGGGGUCAGGAUGAGCUGUGUGUGGUGUGUGGGGACAAGGCCUCAGGGUACCACUACAAUGCCCUCACCUGUGAGGGUUGCAAAGGCUUCUUCAGGCGCAGUGUGACCAAGAAGGCGGUGUACCGCUGCAAGAGUGGCGGGACCUGUGAGAUGGACAUGUACAUGCGCCGGAAGUGCCAGGACUGCCGGCUGAGGAAGUGCCGCGCUGUUGGCAUGCUGGCCGAAUGUCUGCUGACGGAGGUGCAGUGCCAGUCGAAGAGGCUGAGGAAGGGCAGCAAACACAGGGGAGGCCUGACCUCCAGCCUCACCGCAGAGGAGGACGACAGCUCAGAGAGCCGCGGGGUCAGCUCCACCAGCAGACUAGCAGCACGGGUGCCCUCUGGGAUAUCGAGAGACCAGAAGUGUAUACUAGACAGAAUUGUGGAGUCCCAUCGUCGAUACAGGACACAGGAUAACGUACAAUAUAGGGUGUCCGAGUGGUUGAGUGUGGGGCACGGGGACAAAAUGAGUGAUCUGACCUCAUCCCAGUGUCAGAGGCUGCUACAGUUCCUCAAGAGUGUGCCUGGGUUCGAGUACCUGGACUGCACAGACCAGAACACACUUCUCUCCAGUGCCUCUGUUGAGAUCAUGUUCCUGCUCUCUGCACAGCAGUUCACAGAGAGCCCAUCGGCGUGUAAUGCGGCACUUUACCCCGUGAACAUCAGCAUCUCAAACCAUGGUUGGAUGAAAGCCAUAGAUCCAAAGGACAGAGGCAGCAGUGUGGCUGUUUCAGAGGCGAGUGAGGACCUGCUUGCUCCAGUUCUGAACUUCUUCCAUAGCAUGGCAUCUUUAGGAGUGACAGAGGCUGAGUAUGCACUUCUCACGGCUACAUCAAUUCUGUGUUCAGACAGGCCUCUGCUGCGAGCGGUGGAUCGAGUGGAAAGCCUCCAGGAACACGUUCUUGACCUGCUGUCUCGACUCUGCUCCAACCAGAGCCCGGGUCGCGACCUCCGGCGCUUUGCCAGGUUGCUGGGAAGGCUGACGGAGUUACGGACGGUCUGCCACAACCACAUCACCGUGCUGCCUCAGCAAACCUGGCACAUGUAACCAUGAGUGCGAGGGAGAGAUAGACAGACAGAAAGAGAGAGAGAGAGAGAGAGAGAGAGAGAGAGAGAGAGAGAGAGAGAGAAUGAGGAAGUUUGGAAAGGAGUGAGACUAACACAGAAAGAGAUCUGCCAGAAAGAUUUUUCAAAUGAGCCUAUAGGUUCUGUGUGUACUGUACAUAGAAAAUUCCAGUCAAAACAUACUUUAAGUAUAAUAUAAAGUAUCUUUAAAGUCAGUUUAGCAGGCAUGUUUUUUAUUGUGAUGAGUAUGUGACUCAAAAAAUAAAAACUUAUUUUUAACAA